CCGCCGCUUUGCGCGCCAUGGACGCCCCGGAGCAGCAGCCCGACCCCGACGGCGGGGACGCCCCGGGCCACGAGCCCGGGGGCAGCCCCCAAGACGAGUUCGACUUCUCCAUCCUCUUCGACUAUGAGUAUUUGAAUCCUAUCGAAGAAGAACCGAAUGCACAUAAGGUCGCCAGCCCACCCUCCAGACUCGCAUACCCCGAUGAAGUCCUGGACUAUGGCCUCAAGCCAUACAGCCCCCUCCCCAGUCUCCCUGGCGAACCCCCCGGCGGAUUCGGAGAGCCGGAUAGGGUAGGGCCGCAGAACUUUCUGAGCCCGGCGGCCAAGCCAGCGGGGGCUUCGGGCCUGAGCCCUCGGAUCGAGAUCACUCCAUCUCACGAACUGAUGCAGGCAGGGGGGCCCCUCCGCGGCAGAGACACUGGCCUGCUGGGGGAGCAGCCGCCCCUGGCCGGCGUGGCCGCCAGCCCGCGGUUCACCCUGCCCGUGCCCGGCUUCGAGGGCUACCGCGAGCCGCUUUGCUUGAGCCCCGCUAGCAGCGGCUCCUCUGCGAGCUUCAUUUCCGACACCUUCUCCCCCUACACCUCGCCCUGCGUCUCGCCCAAUAACGGCGGGCCCGACGACCUGUGUCCGCAGUUUCAAAACAUCCCUGCUCAUUAUUCCCCCAGAACCUCGCCAAUAAUGUCACCUCGAACCAGCCUCGCUGAGGACAGCUGCCUGGGCCGCCACUCGCCCGUGCCCCGUCCGGCCUCCCGCUCCUCGUCGCCUGGUGCCAAGCGGAGGCAUUCGUGUGCCGGGGCCUUGGUUGCCUCGCUGCCCGGAGCCUCACCCCAGCGCUCCCGGAGCCCCUCGCCGCAGCCCCGGGACGACGGCGCCCCCGCUGGGUACCCCCCCACGGCUGGCUCUGCCGUCCUCAUGGAUGCCCUGAACAGCCUCGCCGCGGACUCGCCUUGUGGCAUCCCCCCCAAGAUGUGGAAGACGAGCCCCGACCCCUCGCCGGUGUCCGCCGCCGCCCCGCCCAAGGCCGGCCUGCCCCGCCACAUCUACCCGGCCGUGGAGUUCCUGGGGCCCUGCGAGCAGGAGGAGGGGAGGAGCUCGGCCCCCGAGUCCAUCUUGCUGGUGCCGCCCACCUGGCCCAAGCAGCUGGUGCCUGCCAUUCCCAUCUGCAGCAUCCCAGUGACUGCAUCUCUCCCUCCGCUUGAGUGGCCGCUCUCCCACCAGUCGGGCUCCUAUGAGCUGCGGAUAGAGGUGCAGCCCAAGCCACAUCACCGUGCCCACUAUGAGACCGAAGGCAGCCGAGGGGCUGUCAAAGCUCCAACUGGUGGCCACCCGGUUGUUCAGCUCCAUGGCUACAUGGAAAACAAGCCCCUGGGACUUCAGAUCUUCAUUGGGACAGCUGAUGAGCGGAUCCUUAAGCCCCACGCCUUCUACCAGGUGCACCGAAUCACGGGCAAAACCGUCACUACCACCAGCUAUGAGAAGAUCGUGGGCAACACCAAAGUCCUGGAGAUUCCACUAGAGCCAAAAAACAACAUGAGGGCAACCAUUGAUUGCGCGGGGAUCCUGAAGCUUCGGAACGCCGACAUUGAGCUGCGCAAAGGCGAGACGGACAUCGGCAGGAAGAACACACGGGUGCGCCUGGUGUUCCGAGUGCACAUUCCAGAGUCCAGCGGCAGGAUCGUUUCCCUGCAGACGGCGUCUAACCCCAUUGAGUGCUCCCAGCGAUCCGCGCACGAGCUACCCAUGGUGGAGAGACAGGACAUCGACAGCUGCCUGGUUUACGGGGGCCAACAGAUGAUCCUCACCGGACAGAACUUCACAGCCGAGUCCAAAGUCGUGUUUACUGAGAAGACCACAGAUGGGCAGCAAAUUUGGGAGAUGGAAGCUACGGUGGAUAAAGACAAGAGCCAGCCCAACAUGCUUUUUGUUGAGAUCCCCGAGUAUCGAAACAAGCACAUCCGUGCAUCGGUGAAGGUGAACUUCUACGUCAUCAAUGGGAAAAGGAAACGAAGUCAGCCUCAGCACUUUACCUACCACCCAGUCCCAGCCAUCAAGACGGAGCCCACCGAUGAGUACGACCCCACCUUGAUCUGCAGCCCCGCGCACGGGGGCCUGGGCAACCAGCCUUACUACCCACAGCACCCAGUGGUGGCCGAAUCCCCCUCCUGCCUUGUGGCCACCAUGGCACCCUGCCAGCAAUUCCGCUCGGGGCUCCCGUCCCCUGACGCCCGCUACCAGCAGCAGAACCCGGCGGCCGUCCUCUACCAGCGGAGCAAGAGCCUGAGCCCCAGCCUGCUGGGCUACCAGCAGCCGGCCCUCAUGGCCGCCCCCCUGUCCCUGGCGGACGCCCACCGCUCCGUGCUGGUGCACGCCGGCUCCCAGGGCCAGAGCUCCCCGCUGCUCCACCCUUCCCCGGCCAACCAGCAGGCCUCGCCGGUGAUCCACUACUCACCCACCAACCAGCCGCUGCGCUGCGGCAACCACCAGGAGUUCCAGCACAUCCUGUACUGCGAGAACUUCGCGCCCGGCCCCGCCAGGCCUGGCCCGCCCCCCGCCAGUCAAGGCCAGAGGCUGAGCCCGGGCUCCUACCCCACGGUCAUUCAGCAGCAGAGCGCCACCAGCCAAAGAGCCACCAAAAACGGGCCCCCGGCCGGUGACCACAAGGAAGUGUUACCCACAGGAGUGACAAUUAAGCAGGAGCAGAACUUGGACCAGACCUACUUGGAUGACGGUCACAGAUACAGCUCCUGUACCUUUUGAAGGAAAGGAGCUUUCAAACAGAGCCACCCAAGGAACGUGACCCGAGCGGGCCUGGCGUCCGGGCUGAAGAAAAAACAGAAGCCGGACCGUCCUCCUUAGGGACCGCCUGGUCCCGGCCAUGGUCGGGCCACGGCUGAACCCUUAUUGGUCAGUUUCCUCAUUCUGAAGCAAGACUGUCUGGCCCACACCAAAUGACCGGUUAAAACUCAGCCUUAAGUUAUGACACGUGUCCACGUUUGUUACUUUUGUCUCCGCUUCCGAGAGCCAGCCCGAGGUGGCUGGAUUGGGGGAGCUCUCUGGGCCCGCUGCUCCUCACCCCUGCAGAGAGCGGCGGGCCUGGAGCAGGGACCCCGGCCCGCGGCGCGAGCACCGGCCUCCGCAGGCCGAGGGCUUUCUGCUAGCCUCACUUGCUUUCUCCUGGUGGCCAGAGCGCUUUUCCUUGAACAGGUGAAGAAGAGCUCAAGCAUGUGCAUUGAAUUGUGAGAAGGAAUCCCAGAAGAGCUACAGCAACCAAAGGGGGAAAAAAAAAAAAAAACCAAAAACCAAAAAAACCACGAAAACGGUGCAGGGAUUUUUGUGAAGUGUGAAACGAGGCAAGCGGUGGGCAGGCCUGAGUAUUUCUCUAAGUGGGUUCCCCCAUGACCAGGCUUGAACUCCCUCUGUGGCCUAGCCUGCGAGUAGGACAGCAAGCUCGGGCUUUGGCCCCAAGUUCACUGGUUAUUUUUUUUUUUUUUUUACCCAAACCCAUCUCCAGCGCCCCUCCAUCCCAAGACACCUGUCUGUAUUAGCCGCUUUAUCUGCGCCGAAGAGAAUCAACCCGCGUGCCUCCCUCAGUCGGAAGGAGCGUCCCCGAAGGGGUGUAUGGGGGAGUUUUCUUCCCCAUUGUCUCUACUGCACACACCAAGUCCUCCAGAGUCUUCCUCCUUUGGUGCAGUUUUUGCAAACACCUAAAACUCUCAAAGUUCUCCGCAGGGGAGUUUCUCAUCGCACAGAUGUGUUCCUGUUUACCUUCCUGGGGACGCCCUGGGACAAGCCAGGGCUUCGUUUUCGGCCACUCCGCUUGCUCCCCGGUCAUCCACACAGAACAUAAAUAUUCCUACCACUCUUCCAAAGGCUCUCCUUGGGGAUUUCUCAGUCAGCUCGGCUAGGUAGAAGCCUAGGAGGAGAAUCACAGCCUUUAAAGGCUUGCUGUGGGUUUUUGGAGUCCCGGCUUCCUUGUCAAGGUGACACAGAGAUGAAACCUUCCCCACGGCAUGGCCAGGAGCAUGAGGCUUGGGGACUACGGCCCGGAGGGUCUGGUGCUGCGGAGAGUGGAUGAGAACCCUCCACCUUUCCGUGGAGACCUAGCAUUUAUCUUCCCCAACAACAGGGGGGGGGCCGCUCUUCAAGCCCAAAGUUUGGCAAAAUCCUUCUUUUAUACAAAAUGCCAGUAAGAGCCUGACCGCUGUUGCAGAACUUCUGGGAUGUGAAAUUCUUCCUAAUUAAUAAAAGUUUCCUUACACCAGCAGCUUCACAUAAAGCAGUUUCUCUCCAGCAAUAUUGACUUCCCUGGGGAAGAGUUAAAGUGUUUGGUGAGUGAUCUGUUCUCCCUUGACCUGGCUGGGAACCUUAACCUUUUUCUUUUCUUUUUUUUUUUUUUUUUUGCACAUGAGGGAAUUUGGCCUUUCCUCAGUUAUCUGAAUGUUUUACCCAAGUGCCUUCCUGCUAUUGUAGCAAAGUCUCCCUGCUUCGUUGUGCCUGGAUGGGGCGAACAAGGGCUAACGUGUUUUCCAUCGAUCUUCCAACUCUGUCCAUGAAAAGGGGGUCCCGCUAGUUGACAGUCUUUAACACACACACACACACACACACACACACACGUGUGUGUGUGUGUGU